UCGAAUGCGGGUAUAUGCGUGCAUUUGCAUACGCGCAUUCCUCACGAACGAAGGAGGCGUGCGCGGAAGGGCUGGGGUUGUAUAUGGGGGAAGUCACGUGGUACAGUCCGCGGGGACCACGGCCACAGUCUAUCUCUAGGUAUCUUUUAAGUAACGGGUAUCCGAGAAAAGCGGCUACGAGGCCGGCUCCGUUUUAUAGGCCGGGAAGAUAGGUAGGAGCCAUUCGCCGCGACUUCGAGAACCCCCAACCCAUGUUGAGACGGGAUAGGUUGCUACGUGGCCCUAUCUGCGACAUCAAUGCGGUGGGCGGACAGCGCCUUUUUACUGGACUGGGAACAACCUGAGGUCCAUGCAUGUUCGCAGCCUGACCCUAAACCUGAACGAACUUGAACAAUUUCAAUUCUCUCAUCAUCCUACCAUAUAACCUUUCUCGCCAUGGCCAUCCCGCAUCUCUCAAGCAUCUCACACGGCGUCGCUUCGUGUCUUACGUCUUUACAGGAUUACUAUAGAGGUUUUACCGCAGUCAUCACUCCGGUUACCUACUGCGGCUUCUGCCUCUUCCCACUCCUGUCGGGGGCGCGACAGUGUGAUGGCUUCGUCGACAAAUGGAGACAGCGGCCGGAAAAGAUGCCAUCUAGGACCCGUUUCCCGCUUAAGUGUAUCCAAGCAUCUGGUUCUCGUGGCUGUGUCGUCUGCGACGUCAUAUCUCGGACGCUUCGCCGCCAUUGUAAAAGGGCAGUUGUCUUUCUGGAGUGGCACGCAUCACAUCGGUACCUCGAGCUAUGCGAGAAGGAUAGCGAGGAUGCGAGAGAAACCUUUACGGGGAGCAGUGUUUUCCGCCUCUUCUUUUAUCCAACUGAAGCCACCAGUCCGGGUGCCUUCCUCCGAAGCAAUCCGUACACCUCGGAAAGCCCAAACGCCGAGGGACGCGUCGAUGCCGAAGCGUGCACUAGGUCGCUAAACUUCUGGAUGAAGGAUUGCUCAGAAUCUCACGAUGCGUGUAACAGGGCCAGGACACCAAGCCCACCACUGCUUCCAACCAGGGUUAUCAAGAUCAUAGAUAAGGGCGGAUUGCACCCCGCCGUCCAUCUUAUGGAGUCCGGCGGCAGUCGUGGGGAGUACCUGUGUCUCAGUCACUGCUGGGGGCAACUCCGCCCCGAUUGUAUCACCACGCGGGAGACGUACCAGCGCAACAAGACCGAGAUCCCCUGGUCUUCACUCCCACAGACUUUCCUGGAUGCGAUAUCCAUUACCAAGUUGCUUGGCAAGGAUCUUCUUUGGAUCGACUCCAUUUGCAUCAUCCAGGACGACGACGAGGAUUGGAGAGCUGAGGCAGCCAAAAUGUACGCAGUCUACGAGGGCUCGUUUCUCACCUUGAUGGCAACCAUGGCAAAAGAUGGACGAGGCGGGCUUCUUCGCCCAGAGAGCCCCUGCGCUCCCACAAGGAUCGAUCAUGCCUCGUGGCCCGGGCAUGGAAUCUUUCUUCAUGAGCAGCAAACCAUGCACGGGUUGGGCUGGGGCGACUUCCGAGUAGGCGGGGAACCUGACUACAAUCUCCACCCUCUUCUCGGGCGUGCUUGGGUAUUUCAGGAAAGAUAUCUAUCCCGAUGCACCGCCCAUUUCACCUCGCGCGGCAUCCUUUAUGAAUGUGACCAGGGACAGGUGUCAGACUGGAGCUUCCGCGGGCUCCCCGGUAGCCUCCAUCACAGCCUGAGAUCCCCAGCCAGGCCUGCCAACGCGCAAGGCUUCGCCGCUGAAUGGGCCAAGAUCACUUCUGCGUACUCAAAGCUGAAGUUAACAAAGCUCACAGAUAGGCUUCCUGCGCUCGCUGGGGUGGCGAGGCAACUCAAGUCCCACGCGGCAGCGUCCAGCGGCUACCGACCGGGGCGCUACCUGGCGGGACUAUGGGAAGACACCUUUCCCUGGGAUAUUAUGUGGAGUACUAGCUGCUGCGGUUCUUUCUCUAACGACGUUGUUACCCCUUCAGAGGACUAUAUUGCUCCUACCUGGUCAUGGGCAUCAUUUCCAGCGGACACUACCUCGUACAGUCGACAGAAAUGCGAUCUCUCAGUCAGAUCCAUUCAGAUCAAACUCAAAGGACCAGACGAGUUUGGCCAAGUCUCUUUCCUCGCUGUCCAAGUCUUAGCUCGGCUGGUCCCUGCAUAUUUAUGGCCCGAAGCUAUGAUGGUUGAUGGGGUUAUCGAAGACAUUGAGCACCCAUACCGACUCGAUACAGGCUUUGGGAGUUGCUCCUUUUAUCCCGACUACAACGCCAGGUGGGGUGAGGACCAUGUAUUCGAGAAUGAGACGCCGGUGGCUUGCAUCCCAGCAUAUUUAGAUGGCGCGCUAGACGGUUUCUUAGUACUUAUGAGCUUGGAUGGUUUUCCAGAUACCUUUUUCCGGAUCGGCGUAACUGCGUCUCUCGGCCAUUCCAUGCCCCAGGACCAAAAAGCACGCUGGAAGGAGUUUCUUGAUAAAAAAGAAGAGGUAGAAAUCACUCUGGUAUAGUUCAAGUCUAGUCGAGUAGCUACCUAUUUGCUGCCAAUCA